CGGGCCCCACGUCCCGCGUGCGAGAGCGGCUCCCUCCCUCCCCCCCGCGCCCGCCGCCCGACCGGACCACCCGCGGAAACCAGAGGUCUCACUGCGGGGGACCAGCGGCGACCGCAGGGGGCAGGUCCCGCUAGAAAAGCGCCGGGGCGCGUCACGGCGCCCGCUCCUGAUUGGCCGGCCGCGCGGUCAGGGGCGUUGGCGUCGCUCGAGGCCCGAGUCCGAGGAGCGGGAGUGGACGCGGAGGGUCUGCACGGAGCACAGAGCCGCGGCUGAGAGCCUGGCCAGGUCGUACUCACCAUGCCCUACCUGCUCAUCAGCGCCCGGAACCGCGUGGAGGUGGGUCCCACCACAGUGGGCGAUGAAUUCUCGAAUAAAGAAUUGAUGGAGUUUCUUGGGGCCUCAAAGAGAAGCUUCCCGGGAAACAACUUUAGCGAGUACUACGUCAAUGACCCGCCUCGAAGAGUCCUGGACAAACUGGAAUACAAGGGCUUCCGGGUGCUGAGCAUGACGGGGGUGGGCCAGAUGAUAGUGUGGUGCCUGCACAAGGAGUGACCCCUCCCACAGGAGCUGGCAGGCAUCCCCUCUUUAGAGUGGCGGGUCUCAGCUCCUCAGCUCGGCUCGGCUCAGCUCCCCGAGCCCCAACUCACUCACAGCCCUCCACCUCUGCUCCCGGACCAGUGUUUUCCUCAACCUGGCAUCCCUGGGCAUCGACUGACUAAUCUCUGAUAGCAGCAGGGGAGCACUCCUAGCGCCAGAUCUGGCUGCGGGUCCUGGAGAAGCCAUGUUCUGGGGCCAGGCUGUACCUGGGCAGGAGCCGGGCCCUGAGGAGUACAGUCCAAGGCUGGGUGGAUGGGCGGGCAGGUCCUGGGUGGCUGGUCCAAGCUAAUAAAAGGCUGUGAUGA